CUUUAACUUCUGCAUUUUGGACUACUGGUAUUAGUCACAUUGCUUAUACUGGUCGGGUCAGAAGAUUGGAAAGAGAUGCUUAAAACUUCAGCACAAAGCAGAGUUGAUUUGAGAAAAUGAGCAGCAGUCCUCUUGUGAAUGUGGGAAACUGGAUCGCACAGAAUGAGAAUGCCUUUCUGCCACCAGUGUGCAACAAGCUCAUGCAUUUUUCCCAGGUAAUUAUCAUGUUUGUUGGAGGUCCAAAUACAAGGAAGGAUUAUCACCUUGAGGAAGGAGAGGAGCUGUUCUACCAGGUGAAGGGAGACAUGUGUCUGAAGGUGAUAGAAAACGGGAUUCACAAGGAUGUGCACAUCAAGGAGGGAGAGAUGUUCCUUUUGCCAGCUCGUGUCCCUCACUCCCCCCAGAGACAGGCCAACACUGUGGGACUGGUGGUGGAGAGGAGACGGCUGCUGACAGAGACAGACUGCCUGAGGUACUAUGUUGACAACACCACUGAUCCACUGUUCGAGAGAUGGUUCUACUGUGAGAACCUCGGAACCCAACUGGUGCCAAUCAUCAAAGAGUUCAUGGCGUCGAAGCAGUGCAAAACGGGAAGGCCUGAUCAAAAUGAAGUGUUCAGAGACCCUCCGUUCCAGUUGAACACGAUGAAGGUGAUGGCGCCCUUCUCCUUCAAAGACUGGGUGAACACUAAGAGGCCGUCCCUGGCCAGCGGCAGCCCCAUCGACAUGUUCGGGGAUCAGUUUGAGACUGAGGUUAUAGUGUAUGGACCUGGGCACAAUGAGACUUCACUACGGAAAACUGAUGCAUGGGUUUGGCAGAUGGAGGGAUCUUCAACAGUAACUUUGAAUGACCAGGAGUUCCCUCUCACUGCAGGAGACAGUUUGCUCAUUCCUGAACAAAGCCAGUAUCAGUGGCAGAGAGAUGAAGGGACUGUUGCCCUGUUUGUGGUCCAAAACCCCGAGCGGAAGAGAGCCUGAAUAUCCCAAGCCCACUCACACACUAAAUGUGCCAAUUUCUAUUUAAGACAUGCCGUUUCCUAAUGUGCCCAAUUCUUGGCCUGUGUUGUUUACGAUGAGAUAAAUCACACUUAAUAAAUCAGUAGAGAUAAAUGGUGAUUCUUUCUUUAAACACAUGUUCUCCCUGGUUCUCCCUUUUUUGACUUUUACUUCCCAAUAACCACAUUUCUUCAUUUUUUCCCUUCUAGAGCAGUGGGAAGAACAAGCUAAGAAUAAAAAACAGAACCUACUAUGCAUGAUUUUUUGUGAUUCGUCUUAGACAUAUUUUCCCACUUAAAUAUAAAACUGUGUACCGGGUGCAGACUUAAUAAUAAACAAAUAUGUGUUUUUUUGUUAAA